GGCACCAGGAGCCCAGUGACCCGCAGCCUUAGGAGCGCGGGCGGAGGCCGGCGCAUGUGGGCUUUUCGCUCGGUGCUGCUGCUGCGGUCCGCGGCCGGGCGCGCCAUGUCGCAGGGACCCGCCCGCCGCCAGCGGCCGCCCAAGGACCCGCUGCGGCACCUGCGCACGCGGGAGAAGCGUGGCGCGGCGUGGGAGCCCGGGGGCCCGAACACCGUGUACCUGCAGGUGGUGGCGGCCGGCGGCCGGGACGUGGGCGCGGCGCUCUACGUCUUCUCCGAGUACAACCGGUAUCUCUUCAACUGUGGAGAAGGCGUCCAGCGACUCAUGCAGGAGCACAAGUUGAAGGUGGCUCGUUUGGAUAACAUAUUCCUCACCCGAAUGCACUGGUGUAAUGUGGGGGGGCUGUGCGGAAUGAUUCUCACCUUAAAGGAAACCGGGCUCCCAAAGUGUGUGCUUUCGGGACCUCCACAGCUGGAAAAAUACCUGGAAGCUAUCAAAACAUUUUCUGGUCCGCUGAAGGGAAUAGACCUGGCCGUGCGGCCCCACUCGGCACCCGAAUACAAGGAUGAGACCAUGACAGUUUUCCAGAUCCCCAUAUACAGCGAGCAGAAGCGUGGAGAACGCCAGCCGUCUCAGAGUCCAGAAAGACUCAGUCCAGGGCAGUCUUCGGAUUCUGGAUCCACCGAAAGCGAGCAGCAUCUUGCAGACGGUGUCGGCCAGAGAGCGCGUGGCAGGGACCCGUCCUUGGUCGUAGCCUUUGUCUGUAAGCUGCACGUGAAGAAAGGAAACUUCCUGGUGCUCAAAGCCAAGGAGCUGGGCCUCCCGGUCGGGACGGCUGCCAUCGCCCCCAUCAUCGCUGCUGUCAAGGACGGGAGGAGCGUCACUUACGAGGGCAGGGAGAUUUUGCCUGAAGAGAUCUGUACUCCUCCAGAUCCCGGCCUUGCUUUUGUUGUGGUGGAGUGUCCGGACGAAGGAUUCAUUCGGCCCGUCUGCGAGAACGCCACCUUCAAGAGGUACCAGGGAAAUGCCGAGGCCCCCGUGGCGCUGGUGGUUCACAUGGCCCCGGAGCGUGUGCUUGCGGACUCCAGGUACCAGCAGUGGAUGGAGAGGUUCGGGCCCGCCGCCCAGCACCUGGUCCUGAACGAGAGCUGCUCGUCCGUCCACAAUCUCCGCAGCCACAAGAUCCAGACGCAGCUCAGCCUCAUCCACCCCGACAUCUUCCCCCCGCUCGCCACCCCCUGCCGCCAGGAGGAAGUCCCGGCUUCCCGCGUGCCCACCGUCCGGGGCGAGUGCCUCCUCAAGUAUCAGCUGCGUCCUCGGAGGGAGUGGCAGAGGGAUGCGGUUAUUAACUGCAAUCCUGAGGAGUUCAUCGCCGAGGCCCUGGAGCUCCCCAACUUCCAGGAAAGUGUGCAGGAAUAUCGGAAGGCUGUGCGGGACGGCCCAACCCCCGCAGAGAAUGGAAGCCGGUAUCCAGAAAUCAUCUUCCUCGGGACAGGGUCUGCCAUCCCGAUGAAGAUUCGGAACGUCAGCGCUACGCUUGUCAACAUAAGCCCCGACAGGUCCCUCCUCCUGGACUGUGGCGAAGGCACGUUCGGGCAGCUGUGCCGUCACUACGGAGACGAGGUGGACAGGGUCCUGGGCACCCUCGCCGCUGUGUUCGUGUCCCACCUGCACGCGGAUCACCACACGGGCUUGCUAAAUAUCCUGCUGCAGAGGGAGCGAGCCCUGGCAUCUCUGGGAAGGCCGUGUCACCCUCUGCCCGUGGUCGCCCCGACCCAGCUCAGGGCUUGGCUCCAGCAGUACCACCACCAGUGCCAGCGGAUCCUGCACCACGUCAGCUUGAUUCCUGCCAAAUGCCUUCAGAAAGGGGCAGAGGUGCCCAGCCCCGAGGUUGAAAGGCUGAUUGGUUCGCUGCUGGAAGCGUGUGAUCUGGGAGAGUUUCAGACCUGCCUGGUCCGGCACUGCAAGCAUGCUUUCGGCUGUGCGCUGGUCCACACGUCCGGCUGGAAGCUGGUCUAUUCGGGUGACACCAUGCCCUGCGAGGCUCUGGUCCAGAUGGGGAAGGACGCCACCCUCCUGAUACACGAGGCCACGCUGGAGGACGGCUUGGAGGAGGAGGCCGUGGAAAAGACGCACAGCACCACGUCUCAGGCGAUCGGCGUGGGUGUGCGGAUGAACGCGGGCUUCACCAUGCUCACCCACUUCAGCCAGCGCUACGCCAAGGUCCCCCUCUUCAGCCCCGGCUUCAACGACAAAGUGGGGAUCGCCUUUGACCACAUGAAGGUCUGCUUCGGGGACUCCGCCACGGUCUCCAAGCUGAUCGCCCCGCUCCAGGCCCUGUUUGCCGGCGACAUCGAGGAGAUGGAGGGGCGCAGGGAGAAGCGGGGUGUGCGGCUGGCGCGGGCGGCCCUCCUCUCCGGGGAGGUGGGCGGCCCCGAGGACGGGGCGCCCCAGCAGAAACGGGCCCUCCCGGAGCAGCCGCAGAGCCCUCAGAGCAAGAAGGUCAGGGCCCAGUGAAGAAGGCCCAGAGCGACCCCGGACUCGGGAGGCUGGCAUCCUCUGCGCGGUGGCCCUGGGUCUGCUCCCCUGGGCAGCCCUCGGCGGGGCCCAGCCCGGCCUUGGGACGUGAGGCUGCCGGAUGGAAAAACGGACAGGUGGAAUUCGGUACAAGCCAAUUUUUAAGGAAGUCGCGAAAAACGGCGUGCCCAUGCCUGCCGCAGCCAAUGCGUUCUCUCUGCACACCCGAGGCAAGCCGUGUCCCAGGAACGCCGCGUCGUGGACGUGAGUGUCUGAGUACCCGAGACUCCAGAAAUACCACUUCCAAAGACAGAACCCAGUAAAGAUGCCGCGUGGAACCUAAGUGCUUUGCUUCGUCCUCUUAACACCGCUGAGCAGGAGUCUCCCCGCCCUGCACCCAGGGUGACCUGGAAGUCAGCUCCGAUGACGGCGAGGACCUCCGGAGCCUGUCCCUAGGGAGUGGCCACCCCUCUGUGCCCUGGAUUUUGACAGAAGUCAAGCCAUGCCGGCUCAGGAAGACGCGGGUCCUCCCACUGUUCGGGGGAGACCCCCUCACCACCCUGGAGUCAUGAGAAAUCCGACGCCGAGUUGGCUCUCCUGCCCUCCUUGUGGGAUUUAACAACGCUGAGGUUAGUGCUUGGAAACCGAGGGAAUUUUCAAAGAUGAGUCUGGUAUUUAUUUGUGUCUUCUCCCUCCCAGGAGAACACAGAUUUGAAAGUGAAACCAAGGAUGUAGCCUUGCCCAGCCCUGGUCUCAGGUUUCCUCCCGAGGAGGAAUGUUCCCGGCAAGUUGAUCGUCAAAACAAGAAGAUAGGCCACGCUCAGGGAUAAUAAAUCUAUUUUAAUAACAUUA